CAUGGGGGGAGGUAAGGUACAAUGUUCAGCAUCUAAUGACGAUGAACACAUAUUCCGAAGCCGAUUUCCGGCCGUUCUGGUGCCCGAUAAUGUCACAUUGCCUGAAUUUGUACUCCAGGGAGCUGAACUGUAUGCUGAUAAGGUGGCAUUUGUGGAAUCUGUGACCGCAAAGGCGUAUACUUACGGUGAAGUUGUGAGAGACACAAGGAGGUUUGCCAAGGCCUUAAGGUCUGUUGGGUUGAGAAAAGGAAAUGUAGUGAUUGUGGUGCUCCCAAACAUUGCUGAAUAUGGUAUCAUUGCUCUUGGAAUCAUGUCUGCCGGGGGUGUGUUUUCCGGCGUUAAUCCGGCUUCACAUACGUCUGAAAUCAAGAAGCAACUGGAGGCUGCUGAUGCUAAAUUGGUUGUCACAAAUAGCCCCAACUAUGAAAAGGUGAAAGGUCUUGGAUUACCAGUCAUUGUCCUUGGCGAAGAACGGAUAGAGACUGCGAUGAACUGGGAUGAACUGCUCGAAGCAGGAGAUCGAGCAAGCACGACGUUCAUCGAUGAGGAAAUUUACCAGACAGAUUUAUGUGCACUGCCAUUCUCUUCAGGCACAACAGGGAUGUCAAAAGGUGUAAUGCUGACACACAGAAACUUAGUAGCUAACUUGUGCUCUUCACUCUUCAGUGUAGGCUCAGAAAUGAUUGGUCAAGUAACCACAUUAGGCCUAAUCCCAUUCUUUCACAUAUAUGGGAUCGUUGGAAUAUGUUGUGCUACACUGAAAAACAAAGGUAAAGUAGUGAUCUUGAGCCGGUUCGAGCUCCGGACAUUUUUGAAUGCUCUGAUCACCCAAGAAGUCACAUUUGCACCGAUCGUGCCACCGAUUAUCUUGGCCCUUGUGAAGAACCCAAUUGUGGAGGAAUUUGAUUUAAGCAAGCUGAAACUCAGAGCCGUCAUGACUGCAGCAGCACCACUUGCUCCAGAGCUUCUCAAGUCCUUUGAAAACAAGUUCCCUGGUGUCCAAGUCCAAGAGGCCUAUGGACUGACUGAGCAUAGCUGCAUAACACUCACUCAUGGAGGACAUGGAAAUGCAAAGAAGAACUCAGUUGGGUUCAUCCUACCCAAUCUGGAGAUCAAGUUUAUCGAUCCCGACACCGGUCUAUCUCUCCCCAAGAACUCCCCUGGUGAAGUCUGUGUGAGGAGCCAAUGUGUAAUGCAAGGAUACUACAACAAUAAAGAAGAAACUGCACAAACAAUUGACAGUGAAGGGUGGCUACAUACUGGUGACAUUGGAUAUAUAGAUGACGAUGGGGAUGUCUAUAUUGUUGAUCGAAUCAAAGAGUUAAUCAAGUACAAAGGCUUCCAAGUCGCUCCGGCAGAACUAGAGGCGAUCCUCCUGACUCUUCCCUCCGUUCAAGAUGCCGCGGUGGUGCCAUUGGCUGAUGAAGAGGCAGGGGAGGUGCCAGCAGCAUAUGUUGUGAUGAACAAAGAAGCCCAAGAAAGUGAAGAGGAUAUUAUUGAGUUUGUGGCCUCCAAUGUUGCACAUUAUAAGAAAGUUAGGGUGGUUCAGUUUGUGGACUCAAUCCCUAAAUCACCCUCUGGAAAGAUCAUGAGAAGGGUAUUGAAAGAGAAGAUUGCAGAGAAAAUGAAGAAAACCACUAAGUAAUUAGUAUGAAUCUGUAUUUAUUACUUGG